CCUGGCAGUGAGGACGUCCCUCUAAAGGAGUUCCGCAUCCCCUCGAAAGAGAGCUGUGUCCAGUCUGAGACUGAGGCCCUCAUCGAGCCGGACCGCAGUGGGGCCCCUAUCGGCCGCCCGUCCCCGCGGAGCCUCCUGGACCCCAACGGAUCCUUCCACGAAGCUGGCCUGCCCCGAAGCUGCUCCCGUGAGAGUGUGCGGAGCCUCCGUCGUGCCUCCUCGCUGGACGACAUCGAGGGCAUGAGGGCUGACUGGUCCUACCGGGGCAGCACCUCCCUGUCUGGCAGCAACCUGAGACCAAGCCUUCCGAACUCCACAUCGGACUCGGACCUGAUGAGGUACCGCGCCGUCAACAAGAUCCCGCAGGUGACGCUCAGCUUUGCCCACGAGAGACUGCGGCCUCCUUCGCCUGCUGAGAUCGAGAUCUUGGCGCCCAGCAAGCUGAAGGACCGCACACAGAACGUGACAGAGAAGGUCACGCAGAUGGUGCAGGAGCUGAUUCUUGAAGGUUUGCGGCAGAGCUCAGGCGUCACAAACGCCUUGUGUCAAUCAGAUACGCGCCAAGGCAUUUACAGAAGAGCCCCGAAGCCCCUCCACGGCUGUCUAGUGCAGUGUUUCCCAAUCUGGUCCUUGGGAAGCUACAGACAGUCCUCGUUUAUGCUCCCCCCCAGCUCCCGGUAGGAGCAGAAAUGUGGACUGUCUGGCAGGGAGCUGGGAGGAAGCAAAAAUAUGGACUGUCUUUGGCGUUCCCAACCCGGUCGGGAAACACUGAUCUAGUGGUAUGCACGCUCAUCGAAGUGAGCUCAGCGUGUGCGUGUGCGUGUGCGUGUGCGUGCAUCUGCAUGGGGGAGGCUUCUGCAAGCAUGCUGCACUCCGGGUGUGAGAAGAGCUGCUGCACCCAGCGGCUGAUGUGUCCCUCGCUUCUGCCCGCCCUUCGGCUCUUGUGGUUUCGCGUCGCACACCACCCCCCCCUUGCAUAUAUGACAUGACAUCCAGCUGACUCCUGACUGUUCUGACACGCUGUCACAUUUCCUCACGGGCCAUGGCCUCAGUGCACUCAUGAUGAUUAGUAUAGUAAUACUAUGAUUCUGAAUAGGCCUGAGAGGCACCUGCUGUCAGAUGGGUGUGGUAUCGCGUCUCUCUGGCUGGGCUAAUGGCGGCGCUGAGGCGCACAUGAUUAGCAGUGUCAAACCCCCACCCCCUGCACUGUUCCCCUUGAAAAUUAGCUACAUCAAAAGCAUUGGGGUAGUUUUCAAACCCUACAGACUAUUUUCAGUGGGGGUGGGGAAUCUUAUGCACAAAGGGCCGGUGUGU